UGAAGGAUCUCGAAAACCUAACCCUAAUAACUCUCCAUCAUCCCAUUACGACAUUCUUCCUUUUCAUUCGCGUGUCGGCUCUAAACACUCAUCUUCUUUCUCUGCUUAAAUUUUUCUGAAGAAGGAAGAAAAUGGGUGCUGCGAUAUCUAAAGUAGUGAAGUUAGUGACAACACAAACUGUAGAGGAUGAGAGUGUAAUGAAUCCCUUAAGAAAACAGGGAACUCAGUUCAUUCAAGAAGUAGUUAGCACAGAGGCUAUAAUGACUCCAAUUUCUGAAGCUGGUACUUCCAUGAUUGGUGAUGGUAUGGCUAAGGCAUUUGAUAAGACUAAGAGUUUAUUCUACAUUAAUAUUGGGGUAUUGAUGCUUGGUUGUGGUGUAGCGGUUAAUGCUGGGUUGAAUUUAGUCAGCUAUUUGUUCCAGCCUACUUCUCCACGUUGUACACAUGAUCUAACAGCAGAAGAUGGAGGUAAUAUGGGAAAUUCAUUCUUCAUGGGUUCUUUCUAUAUGGGUUCUUUCAUGUUGGGUUCAGCAUUUGCUAUCAACUCUGGUCAGAAGGUUUACCAGUACCUCCGCUCUGUUAACACUCAUGAGGAUGGUGACGUUUAUGCUGAGAUUGUUUGAAUAAGGUGGAGUAUCAUUGACUAUUAAUGGAAGAUGACUGUUGCCGUUUUGCAUCUCCAUUAUUCUUUUGUGGAUAAAUAGUUUUUGGAAUGGCUGUUAACUAAACUUGUUGAGGUGUAAGUAUGGGGAAGUUCUAACUGUGAUCCGGUAGUUUGCUUUAAAUUUAAUUUUGUGUUUACAACUUAUUACGACUGAAAUAUCAGGAUUUUGAUAUUUUCAAAUGAUACACAAUCUUCUAUUGUGUUAAUCCUUCUUAUGUGAGCUAGGUGCUUAUUUAUUUA